AUGGGUUCGCGCCCUAAUUUCAUUGACCUAAGGUCGACCUCGUCGGCGUCGGUCGCUACUAAUGGCUCACGUCCACUUCGAUCCCCAAGGUUGAUUGCAGGAGAAGUGCCUCCCGGUCUGUCACCGCUUGAUGCUUUCGCUGCACAGAGUCGGCUGCUUGCGAGGCAGCUCCAAGACAGCCAGAAAGAUGGCAGAAGGAUGAGCCGGUUGCCACCUCUUACCACCGAGAGCCCGCUGGUUGUCCAAGGACGCUCUGAAUACUUUCGUUCACUAUCGUACGACUCGUCCGAAGGACAAGAAGGAUCCCCACAAGAAGACAAAGGUUUUGGAAUGACUACAUCCGUGGAAGAACCGAUCGACCGACCAGUAUCGAUGCAUCCCCGCAUGAGUCGCAUUCCUCCUACGCCGGAUCAAAACGAACCGCUUCCGAGCCAUCUAUUUGCCCAGAAAUUUGCCGAGCGUGGUAGACAGCUUGGUCGCUUGGAAGAAACGGAUUCUAACGGUCCUUAUGGCUUCAGAAGAGAGCAAUCACCCAGCGAUCUGGAGGGACUGACGGAACGAGUUACCGAGAGAAGAUCGAUGGACGAAGAUGCAAAUUCUAGAGACGCAUCAUUCAACGACACUACUCCUGUCUCAGCUUCACUGCCACCAUCACCAGAGAAAUUGAGCAGGCAAGUAUCACACGAUUCAGGCCUUGCGCCGCCGAGGACUCUGUUUCCUAAGCGCUCCUCAAGCAUCAUGUCACAACCGGAAGAGUACCACCACAACGACAACUUGAGCGGAAGCAGUUUCGGGAUGACAGGCCUGUCAUCUCCAGCCAUUGCCAAUUUCCACCCAUACCAAAGACCGUCUUUCAACUUCUCUAGACCGAUGAGCAGAGCAGGAACACCAGGCCUCGAGACACCACAACGGCAAGCAUCGUCCGACAGCCAACCAUCCUUUAUUUUGGCAGAUGACACCGCUCAUACCCCGAUAAGUAUGCACAGUGAAGCAUUUACAGAUGAUGAUCCCAAAGCCGCACCAUCGUAUAUUCAUUCCAAGUAUUACUUGCCAAGAGGCAAAGCGCUACAGCGAAAUUCUCUGAUAUUCAACCCAGACGAUAUCUCCAAAUUUACAAAUGAACAAUCCUUAGCACCGACCAUUAAUGCUCAGCCGUUUGUAAAAGGCCAGGCACCGCCCUCGCCACCAUCGAGGCCUGCAAGUUCCUCUUCACGAAACUUAGAUGGACCGCCACCACCAGUGGAUUCGUUCUUGGCUAGACCGUCCCUGGAACGAAGCAAGCUGUCCAACGAAAUGUCUGUCACCGGAGAGCCGUCACCGAGGCCAUCCAUCGCAGAUUCAAGGCCAUCGGAAGAUGUACCAAGAGGGCGGCCCAUGACCUCGCCAUUACAUGACCAGGCCCGGGGUAGUACGCCAACGACCGUGUCGACCAAUGACUCAGCUAGUACUAUCAAGCCAGCGAAGUCGAUAGCAUCAACUGCAGCUGAAACAAGCGCAGAGGAACAUUUGAUGAAGGGUAUCAAGUGUCACGAAGAAGGGUCGGUGAAGGAGUCCACCUACCACUUCCGAUUGGCAGCCAAGGGUGGAAACUCGACAGGAAUGUUGAUGUAUGCUCUGGCUUGUCGGCACGGUUGGGGGAUGCGCCCAAACCAAAAAGAAGGCGUAGAAUGGCUACGAAAAGCAGCCGAUGGCGCAAGCUUAGAAAUAGCCGAGGAUGAAGAUAUGGUCAAAGGCGGAAAGUCAGUGGACCCGACUGAGCGCAAGACUCGUAAAGCACAAUUCGCCCUUAGUAUCUACGAACUUGGUGUCAGCCACAUGAACGGAUGGGGUAUUGAGCAAGACAAGGCUCUAGCAUUGCGGUGCUUCGAGAUCGCCGGUAACUGGGGCGACGUCGAUGCGCUAGCCGAGGCGGGCUUCUGCUACGCCCAGGGUAUUGGCUGUAAGAAGGACUUAAAGAAGAGCGCGAAAUUCUACCGUGCCGCUGAAGCCAAGGGAAUGACUAUGCCUGGAAACAGCUGGAUCCAUAAGCCAAAAUACGCAGAUGAUGCCGUUAGCAUCAAGUCAAAGAAGGCUCGAAGCAAGUCGAGAAGCCGUGGCAUCUUCAGGCGCCGAGAGACCAAGGUCGAUGAAUGA